UUCCCGUCCUAUUCGGCCUCGUCCGCUGAAGAUCCAUCCCACCAUUGCACGUGGGCCACCUUUGUGAGCUUCUAACCUGAACUGGUAGAGUAUCACACACCAUGCCAAGGUGGGAUGAAGGGGUUAUAUGAGGACCGUCCGGUCCGGCGCGAUGGCCGUAGCUGCCACUCGCUGCUGUGCAAGAAAUUGCUUCUCAUAGGCAUCAUGGGCGUCUCUGCUGUUCUACUUCCUUUGUAUCUCCUGUCUGGAGUCACCUCCGGACUGGCAGUCCCCGCCUCGAGAAAUCAAUCCACUUGCGAUACGGUCGAUCAGGGGUAUCAAUGCUUCUCCGAGACUUCGCAUCUUUGGGGUCAAUACGCGCCGUUCUUCUCUCUGGCAAACGAAUCGGCCAUCUCCCCUGAUGUGCCCGCCGGAUGCCGAGUCACUUUCGCUCAGGUCCUCUCCCGCCAUGGAGCGCGGUAUCCGACCGACUCCAAGGGCAAGAAAUACUCCGCUCUCAUUGAGGAGAUCCAGCAGAAUGCGACCACCUUAGAUGGAAAAUAUGCCUUCCUGAAGACAUACAACUACAGCCUGGGUGCAGAUGACCUGACUCCUUUCGGAGAACAGGAGCUAGUCAACUCCGGCAUCAAGUUCUACCAGCGAUACGAAUCGCUCACAAGAAACAUCAUUCCAUUCAUCCGAUCCUCUGGCUCCAGCCGCGUGAUCGCCUCCGGCAAGAAAUUCAUCGAGGGCUUCCAGAGCACCAAGUUGAAGGAUCCUCGUGCCCAGCCUAGCCAAUCGUCGCCCAAGAUCGACGUGGUCAUUUCCGAGGCCAGCUCAUCCAACAACACUCUCGACCCAGGCACCUGCACUGUCUUCGAAGACAGCGAAUUGGCCGAUACCGUCGAAGCCAAUUUCACCGCCACGUUCGUCCCCUCCAUUCGUCAACGUCUGGAGAACGACCUGUCUGGCGUGUCUCUCACAGACACAGAAGUGACCUACCUCAUGGACAUGUGCUCCUUCGACACCAUCUCCACCAGCACCGUCGACACCAAGCUGUCCCCCUUCUGUGACCUGUUCACCCAUGACGAAUGGAUCAACUACGACUACCUCCAGUCCCUGAAAAAGUACUACGGUCAUGGCGCAGGUAACCCGCUCGGCCCGACCCAGGGCGUCGGCUACGCUAACGAGCUCAUCGCCCGUCUCACCCACUCGCCUGUCCACGAUGACACCAGUUCCAACCACACUUUGGACUCGAGCCCGGCUACCUUUCCGCUCAACUCUACUCUCUACGCGGACUUUUCCCACGAUAACGGCAUCAUCUCUAUUCUCUUUGCUUUGGGUCUGUACAACGGCACUAAGCCGCUGUCUACCACGACCGUGGAGAAUAUCACCCAGACAGAUGGGUUCUCGUCUGCUUGGACGGUUCCAUUUUCUUCGCGUCUGUACGUCGAGAUGAUGCAGUGUCAGGCAGAGCAGGAGCCGCUGGUCCGUGUUUUGGUUAAUGAUCGCGUUGUCCCGCUGCAUGGGUGUCCGGUUGAUGCUUUGGGUAGAUGUACCCGGGAUAGCUUUGUGAGGGGGUUGAGCUUUGCUAGAUCUGGGGGUGAUUGGGCGGAGUGCUUUGCUUAGCUAACUAUCUU